UGGGCGCAUGCGCCGACCCAAACAUGGAAGCGAACAUUGGUGUCCGCCGGGCUGACCCAAACGGACAGAAAGCGGACAAAUUCACCGUCUGUUUGCGUUGGCGCGUUGGAGUUGCUCUAAAAGUGCAUAAAAAUUGAUCAUGACUAGAGUAUUCAAAAACAACUGUUCUUUGACUGUCGUUUUACUUUUAUACCAUACUCCCCUGUUCCGUAAUGUUGUGCGUAUAGAUUUUAGAAAAGUCAUAGUUUGAAAACUUUGACUGAGUCUAUAAAGAAAACUAUUUGUAUCUAUAAUACCAAAUCUUUAUAUCUUUAUCUUUACUCUUUAAAAGAGCCAGUUCGUGGUCCGUCUGCCCUCCUGGAUGAGAUGGGAAUAAAAAAAUACACAAUACCAAGAGUCCAACCGCCAUUACGUGAAGGGCUUACAGUAGAGUCAAACCACCUCAUUGCGCCUGCUAGCAUCGGUCAUUCACCCCAAUCUGUCCGCCUCGUCUCUCCCGUUGCAUGCUCUCAUGGCCUCCCCCAAUCCCAACUGUCUUGCCGCCUCUCCUCCAAUCCCACUCCCCGGCCUUGAGCUCCACCACCUCCCUUCAAAAUUCAAACAGCGAUGCCGCACCCGCAGGGGGUUCCCCAUCCCUUAUACUCCGUUGUUCUCCUCUACCUCUUAGCAGAUUCAGUUGCUGCUACCCUGCUCGCUCACCGUCGCCGGUACUGCCGAGUCGCUCGCUCACCGUCGCGGGAACGAGGAAGCGGACAGUUCGUCGUGGUCUGCGCUGCCUUUUCCCCUUCCAACCGAGCACAUCGGCCUCUUCGGACUUGCGCUUUCUGUACGUAUCCACAAGAUUCAGUACAGAGAGGCGCCAUGUCUUCCCUCAGCUUGCUGAAAAAAUUUGUAUGGGACAAGUUGGUGACUAAUAAUCUAAGUACAUUGGAAAAACUCGCCGAGGAGCGUGCUAUUGUCGUGGCGACAAUGUUACGUGUGGAGGGUGGAGCGCAUAGAUCGUGGCCUGCAUACUAGGUUGAGCUAUUUUUGAACCGUGUUACUUCACUUUGCUUAAUUUUGGGUGGACGGUGCCGUGGACAAUGAUGGCAAGUGCUUUUGUGAUCCUUGUUGUAACUGAAACCGAGUUUCACUAAUGAAGGGAAAGGUAGUGUAAUGCCAUAUCAAAUUGGUGUGAUCUCUGGGUAAAGUAAAAUGUAAUGGCUUGGAGGCAUGUUGGGUUGCAAAUAGUUGUGCACAUGUCUUAGCUAAAGAUGGAUGUAAUCAUAAUGAAAUGUUCUGUGGCUCCAUGUAACUCUGUGAUGUUUGUAGCGUCGUUAAGUAAAGACUUUUGAUAUGGCUAAAUACUAACCUUCUCUUAAUGAAAAUCAUAUUACUAUAUGUUUGGGUCUGUACUUUUGCGAGUCCAAUUUAUUUCAUGUGAUUACGUAGCAUAGCAUGGGCAUCUUACUAGUAUAUAAAAUAUGAAACUACAUCUUAUGAUGAACCUAAUGAUAUUUGUUUGGCAUUCUAGAUGUAAAUAUUUUUCUCUACAAAUUUGGUCAAAGUUUAUGAGGCUUUACUUUUUAAAAAAUCUAUAUGCACUAUAUUAUGGCGCUACACCUAUGUAAUACUGCUUACGUAUUUUACAUAAUAUGCAACGUGGACAAAUAGAAUUAGAGAUAGAAGGAUGAAGCGGCCCACCCUCCUCAAAAUCAGGGGGAUGCAAGUUAAUUAGUUAAGAAAAUUAUGUUAGCCUUCGUAGGCUCUUCAUAGAUGUAGGAUUAUCCUUGUGGAACGGAGGGAGCAUCAUACUUUUUGAGGGGGUGCCUUUAAGAGUGAAGAGAUUGAUGAACCAUGUAUGCAUCAUUUGGUUAUCCAUAACAUGAGUGCGGCGUUUUGGUGCCCAGCCUCAUCUGCACCUGGUCAGAAAAAAUCAAAACAAA